AUGCCCGACACAAACCCUCUCUAUGUCAUGAAAGACAUCCCCGGCAAAGGCAAAGGCCUCGCCGCUACCACAAAGAUCCCCAAGGGCACCCGUAUCCUCGCCGAGGCUCCUCUGUUCAAAAUCCCUCAACAUCCUACCGAGAGCGCUGAGAAUGAACGCUGCGUCCUUGCCGCGCUGAAGACACUAUCCGAGGACCAGCGACAGGCCUUCUUCUCUCUGUGCAACUCCUACGCUGAUCUCAAGCAGGAAGUCGGUAUCGCUGAGACGAACGCAUUUGGUCUGGGUGAACAGAUUUCCACAUGUGCUGUCUUCUUAGACGCGUCUCGCAUGAACCACUCUUGUAUGCCAAACGUCCUGUACCGAUGGAACACCAAUACCCAGAAGAUGACCGUCCACGCCACCAAGGACAUUGAUGAGAACGCAGAGAUCACUAUCAACUACCUCGCAACUUGGGAGUUGUAUGCAGUGCGACAGGAUAAACUCAAAUCGGCCUUUAGUUUCGACUGUGACUGCAGUCUCUGCUCUCUACCUGUUGGUCAGCGCAAUCUCAGUGACAGGCGACGCAUCGAGAUAAAGAAGCUUGAAGAAUCUCUCGGCGACGGGUCUGGUGAUUUGGCGAAAGAAACCCCCCUCAAAGCCCUCCACGAUGUGCGAAAGCUCUUGCAUCUCAUCAAGAAGGAGGACAUUGUCGAUCGACUCCUCCCCCGAUGUUACUUCAACGCCUUCCAGAUCGCCAUAGCACAUCAAGAUCUUGCGAGGGCCAUGAUAUUUGUCAAACGAUCAUUGGAAGUCGAGAUCAUGCUGGAAGGAUCCGACAGUCCCAAGGCAGAGCAGCUGCAGACUUUGGUGGACGAUGUCGAGCAAUACCACUUCGACGUCUCUUCGGCCCAGUGGAAGUCUACGGCCACCGACGUCCCCAAAGGCCUCGAUAAGCCCGAUUUUGAGAACUGGCUCUGGCGGUGCGAGGGAUCUCUUAACAUCCAGCCUACCGGCCUACGCAACGACGCAGCUUUUCCAGCUUUCAACGAUCUCCCCUGGGACGACGACCUCAGCCUGGACUAUUACCGUCCCCGACGUGGCGAUAUCUACGAAACUCGUAAGCACUGGGCAUUUGUUGGCGAAAUCGUCAAGAUCGAAGCAGUCUUCCGUGUACGCUUCAUCGUCAAGGACAAAAGCGGUCAUGAGCUUCUUGUGGCUUUCUACACUGAUCUCCGCGGACGUGAGAUUUCUCCUUCAGUGCUGAGAGUGGGAUGUACUGUCGUGGUGCUCUACGGCACGAAGCAUAGCUUUUUGGAUGGGUCGGUUGGGAUUCGCCAUGAAGAUCGAGAAAUGUUAGACAUCUUCCCCGUCUCGUUAGAUAACUUGCUGCUGCUGAGCGACAAGGUAAAUAUCUACGCCACCGUCACCAAAGCGAUGAGGACAUGCCACGGAUGCGACAAGAAGUCCACCUCGUUGAUGAAGUGCUCCAAGUGCGGCUUCUUCUGGUACUGCAACAAGGAUUGCCAAACUCGUGGCUGGAGCGAGAACGGACACAAGGCAGACUGCAAACUUUUGCGAAACGAUAACUUGAAGGGGCUGUUUCUCGUCAAGUGGGACAAAUUCAACAACCACUUUGGGUUUCCGCUACAGGUUGAAGGUUGA